GCCCUGUGUUCAUGAAGUAUUGACGGCACAGUAGUUGCUACCUAAGUGGCACUGGAUGAUGAUGCAUACAUCAUUGGUCACAACGACAACAUACAUAAUGAACACAUCCAUAUUUGGUGCCCGAUGCUACGCAAUCGUUCUCCAGCCUUCGCAAUGCAGUUCAAUCGAAGUGUGCUCUUGCUCGCUCUGACAUCGCUGAUUUCAGCAUCGGAUUACAACCCUACGCCAAGCGCGACAAUCGAUGCAGGGAUUAUUGUUGGAAGAGCCACAGCUCUGCCAAAUGGCUUGGGGCCCUCCGUGAACCAGUUUCUAGGCAUUCCAUUUGCGCAGUCGCCUCCAGAAAGGUUCUCACCACCCCGAAACGUCACAGCCUUUGGCAGCCCUCUUAACGCUACGGCAUGGAAGCCUGCAUGUAUACAGCAAUUUAGAUAUCCCCUAGCAAGCCAACAAUUCGCUCAGGCGGUGUUCAACAACCCCGGUGGUCCACCGCCCGUUGAGUCAGAGGAUUGUCUAUAUCUCAACGUAUACGCUCCGUCGGGAUCUCCUGGUGGCAAUGGAAGAGCCGUGAUGUUCUGGAUUUAUGGAGGGUCCCUACAAUUCGGCACAGCCGGCCUGGCGACAUAUGACGGCAGUGCUCUUGCCGACUAUGAAGACAUUAUAGUUGUGACUACCAACUACAGGACCAAUGUGUUCGGCUUUGCAGCAUCCCCCGAACUUCCAUUAGCUGAACGAAACCUAGGUUUUCUUGAUCAAAGAUUUGCUCUGGACUGGGUACAGCGCAAUAUUCAUGCCUUUGGAGGCGAUCCAAGUAAGGUCACGGUGUUUGGUGAAAGCGCUGGAGGCUUCUCAGUCGACGCCUUGUUGACCAGCUACCCUAAAAACAGCAAGCCUCCCUUCCGUGCGGCGAUUCUGCAAAGUGGCCAAUACAGUUACCGAGCGGCACCUCCGAUGUCCAGCGUACCGGCGUGGGACAAUCUCACUGCCUCACUCCGAUGUCCCGGCACAUACGGUACCAAUCUGACAUGCGUGCGCGCCGCAAAUGCUACCGAUAUCAAGCGAAUCAUAGAAGUUAAUUCGUUGAUAUUCAACCCAAUUGCUGACAAUGUGACUUUGUUCCAGAACCCGGCUGCACGUAGGCUCAGCGGUAACAUAUCGCAAAUUCCUGUCCUUGGAGGAUCAAACUCGCAAGAAGGACGUGUCUUUGCUGUCGGUCAAACCAACUUGACUGCCUUCCUACAAACUACCUUCGGCGCAGCCCCAGCAUUAAUUCCUGCGAUUGCAGCAGCAUACCCCAUUGGCGGUCCCGGUAUCACCAAUGGCUAUGACGCCAUCUCUGCAGUCAUCACGGAUGCGACUUUCCAAUGCCCAGCAGCACUGUGGGCAAAUGCGACAGCAUCCAUUGGUAUUCCCACUUGGCGCUAUUACUUCAACGCCUCCUUCUCAAACACACAGUCCUAUCCGCAACUGGGAGCGUAUCACGCGUCUGAGAUUCCACUCGUGUUCGGUACUUAUCCAAGGUCGAACACAACAACCCAGGAAUACGCACUCGCCUCCUACAUGCGGGGUGCAUGGGCACGUUUCGCAAAGAAUCCUCUGGCAGGACCCGGUUGGAAUGCUCUUGGUAGCGGUCAAGCUGGCUCUGUCCUCUCAGGCGCCUACGAUCAAGUUCCCGAUGGAAUUUACUAUGGUGGUAGCGGGAACGUCACAGCCGGGACUUGGAAUGUGGGUGUACUUGGUGACAUUGGUAGAGUGAAAGGUGGAGGUGUGACACUCUUGCCACAGAGUCAAUUGGAUUACCGAUGCAGUCUGUUCAACCCACUUUACCAGGCUGUCGUCGGGAGCGCUGGGAUGCCGCCAGCGUAGAUCAAGGUUUUGAAGGGAAUGAAAGGUGCGAUUUCGGAGUGCGGGGUAGGUACGAAAUAGUGGGGCAGCCGUUCAAAUACCGAGCCACCGAGCCUGAUACAGC